UGGGACCGCCGGCCUCGGAGGACGCGCGGGGGGCGAACUUUCUUGGCCGCCCCCCUCCCACCACCACCCCCAACCCUGAAAGCCGCCUCGCCUGCGCCCGGGAGGGACCCCCCGCCUCUCUCCCUUCCGUCCGAGCGAGUAGCUGAAGACAUUUAAGGAAGAAGGAAACAACUUCGUGUUGACUAGCAAACAUCCAAGCCCUCAUGGAUUCUGAGAACUCUGUGGCUGACCAGUAGCUGGAGAAGUGGGAUGUUUACGUGGAAGUGUCUUAUUUUGGGGGCUGUGCUGGUCAUAGCCACACUGUCCACUGCAAGACCAGCGCAAACCCUGCCAGAGCAAGUUCUCCCCCAAACAAGCCUUGAAGUGGAGUCUUACUCGGCUCACCCUGGCGACCUCCUCCAGUUGCGCUGCCGCCUACGGGACGAUGUUCAGAGCAUCAACUGGGUACGAGAUGGGGUGCAACUAUCCGAGAACAACCGGACGCGCAUCACAGGGGAGGAGGUAGAGGUCAGGGACGCUGUGCCCGAGGACUCGGGCCUUUACGCCUGCAUGACCAACAGCCCCUCAGGAAGCGAGACCACCUAUUUCUCCGUGAACGUCUCAGAUGCUCUCCCCUCUGCAGAAGAUGACGAUGACGAUGAUGACUCUUCCUCGGAAGAAAAGGAAGCAGACAACUCCAAACCGAACCAAGCUAUCCCACCUUACUGGACCUACCCAGACAAAAUGGAGAAGAAACUCCACGCAGUUCCUGCCGCCAAAACUGUGAAGUUUAAAUGUCCCUCUAGCGGGACGCCCACCCCUUCGCUGCGUUGGCUGAAGAACGGCAGGGAAUUCAGACCUGAUCACCGCAUCGGGGGAUAUAAGGUUCGUCACGCAACUUGGAGCAUCAUCAUGGACUCUGUGGUCCCGUCAGAUAAAGGCAACUACACUUGCAUUGUGGAGAAUAAAUACGGUGCCAUCAAUCACACCUACCACCUUGAUGUUGUUGAGAGAUCUCCUCACCGGCCUAUCCUACAAGCUGGGCUCCCAGCUAACAAGACAGUCUCAUUAGGUAGCAAUGUGGAAUUUGUCUGCAAGGUCUAUAGUGACCCUCAGCCCCACAUCCAAUGGCUGAAGCACAUUGAAGUCAAUGGAAGCAAGAUUGGACCAAAUAACUUGCCUUUUGUUCAAGUCUUGAAGCACUCGGGAAUAAAUAGCUCUGAUGCGGAAGUGCUGACCCUGUAUAAUGUGACAGAGGCUGAAAGCGGGGAGUAUGUUUGUAAGGUUUCCAAUUAUAUUGGUGAGGCUAACCAGUCUGCGUGGCUGACCGUCACCAGACCCGUGGCUGAAGCUAUAGAAGACAAACCAGCUAUGAUGACCUCCCCUUUGUACUUGGAGAUCAUCAUAUACUGCACAGGGGGCUUCCUCAUCUCCUGCAUGAUCGUGACCGUCCUCAUUUACAAGAUGAAGAGCACCACCAAGAAGACCGAUUUCAACAGCCAGUUGGCCGUCCAUAAACUGGCCAAGAGCAUCCCCUUGCGCAGACAGGUAACAGUCUCGGCUGAUUCCAGUUCCUCCAUGAACUCUGGUGUGAUGCUUGUGCGUCCCUCAAGGCUCUCCUCCAGUGGGACCCCAAUGCUGACCGGGGUCUCUGAAUACGAGCUGCCAGAAGACCCUCGCUGGGAACUGCCCAGGGACAGGCUGAUUCUAGGGAAACCUCUGGGGGAAGGUUGCUUUGGGCAAGUGGUCCUCGCUGAAGCAAUAGGCUUGGAUAAAGACAAGCCAAACCGAGUUACUAAAGUGGCAGUCAAAAUGCUAAAAUCUGAUGCCACUGAAAAAGACCUGUCUGACUUGAUCUCAGAGAUGGAGAUGAUGAAGAUGAUUGGAAAACACAAGAACAUCAUCAACCUCCUUGGAGCGUGUACUCAAGAUGGCCCGCUCUAUGUGAUAGUUGAGUAUGCAUCCAAGGGGAACCUAAGGGAAUACCUGCAAGCCCGCCGCCCUCCUGGCAUGGAAUACUGCUAUAACCCCACCCACGUCCCGGAAGAACAGCUCUCUUUCAAAGAUCUGGUAUCCUGCGCAUACCAAGUAGCCAGGGGCAUGGAAUACCUUGCAUCCAAAAAGUGUAUUCACCGAGAUUUGGCUGCCAGGAACGUGCUGGUAACGGAAGACAUUGUGAUGAAGAUUGCUGAUUUUGGCCUGGCUCGAGACAUUCACCACAUAGAUUAUUACAAAAAGACAACCAAUGGUCGCCUUCCAGUCAAAUGGAUGGCCCCAGAAGCCUUGUUCGAUAGAAUAUACACCCACCAGAGUGACGUGUGGUCCUUCGGUGUCCUCUUGUGGGAGAUCUUCACCCUGGGAGGCUCACCGUACCCAGGAGUGCCAGUGGAAGAGCUGUUCAAACUUCUGAAAGAGGGGCAUCGGAUGGACAAACCCAGCAAUUGCACCAACGAACUGUACAUGAUGAUGCGGGAUUGCUGGCAUGCCGUUCCAUCCCAACGGCCAACAUUUAAGCAGCUGGUCGAAGACUUGGAUAGGAUCGUGGCCCUGACCUCAAACCAGGAAUACCUGGACCUCUCUCUACCCUUGGACCAGUAUUCUCCCAGUUUUCCAGACACUCGCAGUUCCACCUGCUCUUCUGGAGAGGACUCCGUUUUUUCCCACGAUCCCCUCCCUGACGAACCUUGUCUUCCCAAGCACCCACCUCACCUUGCCAACGGUGGACUCAAAAGGCGCUGAUGCCGCGAAAUCUGGGGGACCCUUCUGUGCCUACGAGUGUGGAGCGUGUGUGUCCGUGAAUGAAUGGGGGUGUGUCUGUGUGCACAGUCUCCGUCCAGCUGGGCUGGAGGGAGGACCACCGGAGGGGCAACCAUUAAGGAACUGCGAAAAAGUCCAUUCCAAGCAACCAAGCCUACUCACCAUCAUCUUCUUCGGUACACUGCCAUCUGUUACAAGCCUUAAGCCUUCUGAAGAACUUAAGUUCUUGUCCUGUCUGCUUGAGCUGCUAUUGCCUUUUGGCAGCUCUUCUCAUGCGUACAUUAGGAACAGGCUCCUCCUGUUCUUCUGCCUCACUACUAUCAAUCUCUGGAGGCUCUGGAGUCCGCACCUCACUUCCCAAUGGCCCUGGCCCCAUCUCAGCCUCAUCGCUGUCCGACUCCGUUGCCAGCUCCAUAGGCUGCUGACGGACCACAACACUGCUCAUAUGAAUCUUGCGAUCUGGAGUGGGAAGCGGUGUCUAAACAAGAACAACAACAAGGAAGAUCCAGAUGUCUUGUCCCUAUGCAGAAGCAUGUUGUUACUUCUCAGAAGGAGAUUCUGGUGGAAGUCCGUGAAGAUGGAGGUCCUUUCUUUUUCCCAUUCAUAUAUCCGAAUCUACAACCUGUGAGAGCGCAGAAAGCAGAGGCUACUUUACCGGUGGCCAUCAAGAUUCUCUACGCCAGGGGUGUCAAGCUCGAUUUUAUCCGGGGUUGUGUUUGACCUUGGGGGCUGGGUGGGCGUGGCCAGCUUGACGUCACUCGUGUCGGGGGGGCCUUGCACUCUGCCAGUGAAAAUGAAGCUCGGGAGGCUGCGAUGGCCUCCUGCAACCCUCUGCCAGCGAACUCUGCAUGCGGCCCUCCCGAGCUCCGUUUUCGCUGGCAGAGGCACCACGGGCCGGUCCUUUGCUAUUUUCAGGGUGGCCCUGCGGGCUAAAUCUAAGCACUCCGUGGGCCGAAUCUGACCCACGGGCCUUGAGUUUGACACCCCUGAUCCACGCCAAAGAAUCUUUAGCAUCUCCUGUUUGAGGGUCUGUUGCCGUCUCAUCCAAAAGUGAAGUCCACACCCAUGAUAACUACCUAAUUCUGGGAGCUAUGCAGCACAACAUUCUGCAAGUUAAACAGAGAAAGCUACUUCACUGUUCCUAAGGUGUCUUAGGAGCUCACUGUCCAUUGGUACUUUCUUGACCAAACCUGAAAGUGAUCUACCGCAUCAUGUAUCAUACACAGCUCUGGCCUAAAAUUUAAAAGAGGCAGCCCUAAAGAACCCAGGGCAUGGAUAUUUUCAGACAAAACAAAGGAAAUUAAAGAAAACUUUUGUACAUAGCUGCCACAAAAAUGUAUAAAUAUUAAUUAUAUAUUUACAUGGUCUUUUUUUUUUUUAAAUGGUGGUUACCAGAGAGAUUAUCACCUUGAUAGUAAGUUUACUAGUGACUGGUAGGUAUCAGUUGCUAUAAAAGAAAAACCCCAAACAAAUCAUAUAUUUUGCUACUUCUGCUGGUUUUGCUUUGUUUUGUUUUAUUGUUAUUUUUUUUUUAAAUUAUGUUCUAAAACUUUUAUUUUCAGUUUAGGUACUUCAAUAAAAAAAAAUUGCUGCUUCGGUUUUAUAUGGGAUUAUAUGAAAACGGCGAGUUUGUGGGUAACCAAGCCUUUUGGGGGGAAAGAUUUGAAAUCUUGCCCAUCUCCUGUUAUGCACCUGCUCACCUGUGCUCCGGGCCCCUCUAGAUCCAGAGUCCCCCUCUAUAAAUCCCCUUACUCAUCCUGUUAGGCCUGAAGACUCCUAACUUAGUGACUCUAGCAAGACUGGGUGGUGUUCGUUACCGAUAGAAAUGGCCAGGGGUGGAAUUCUACCGGUUCAGACUGGUUUGGGCGAACCGGUAGCUCCAACGAUCAGCUAGAAGCGAACAGGUUAGCCCCAAUGAUCAGAUGGGCCCGCCCGCCCGCCUGCGCUAUUUUCCUAUCUUUAUCUUCUCAGCUGAUUCACACGGUAGAGUGGAUUGCCACCCGAAUCAGCUGUGUUACUCCUCCGAAGAAACCAGGAAGUAAAGAUUUCUUCAAACUGCGCAUGCGUGCGCACAGCUUAUCGCGCGAUCACCGAACCGAUUGUUCAACCGGGAGGGUCCCACCACUGGAAAUGGCCCAUCUCCCGUUUUAUAUUGAGGGAGCAAGUUUUCUCCAGACAACCCACGGGCAAAUUCUCCAACAGAUUGUGCUAGGUUGGCAGCUUUGAAUAACCACAGGACGUCCUCGACGUACAACCACACCCGAGUCCAAAAUUGCUAACAGUUACACAGUUAAGUAAGGUUUGCCCCCAUUUUAUAACCUUCCUUUGGCCCAGUUGUUAAGAGAAGCAUUGCCGUUAAGUUAGUAACGCGGUUGUGAAAUGGAUCUUGCUUCCCCGUUGACUUCUGUUUGUCAGAAGAUCGCGGGGCUGCUACAAAGGUUGUAAGUGUGAAAAUUGGUCAUCAGUCACUUUUUUCAGUGCUGUUGUAACUUUGAACAGUCACUAAAUGAACUGUUGUAAGUCAAGGACUACCUGUAUUUGGACAUAGGGGAAAAAAAUCUAAAUGAUUUGUCUUUAUUUCUUUUUCUCUUUAAAAAAUAUAUAUAUAUCUGAGGGCUAUUUCAGAAAUCAAGUCUUAUGGGAGAAGCAGUUUCUCCACGACAGGAGAAAGAUGUUCACUUCCUUUUCUUGAAAUACCACUACAUUAUCCCAACUACUACCAUAUUUUCCCCAAAAUAAGAGCUAACCAAAAAAUAAACCCUAGCAUGAUUUUUCAGGAUCCUUGUAAUAUAAGCCCUACCUCCAAAAUAAGCCCCAGCUAAGAUCAGCCAGAUGGACGCAUUUACCGUAUUUCCCCCCAAAAUAAGACCUAACUGGAAAAUAAGCCCUAAUGCAUCUUUUGGAGCACAAAUUAAUAUAAGACUCGAUCUUAUAUUUGGAGAAAUAUGGUAACAAACCUGUACAAAUUUUGCUAUGUGGAGUAUUACUCACCUACUAAUACUUUAUUCCCCGGGAUGUGUCGUUUUUGACCCAUUCUGUGGAUGCUGGUGUCCAAUUACACCACCUCUGCAAAAUCAAAAGUAAGUCAACUCUUAACACUCAUACAGUACGGUUAGUCCUCGAUUUAAAACAGUUCCUUUAGUGACCGUCCAAAGUUGCAAAUUCACUGAAAAAAGUGCCUUACAACCAUUUUUCACACUUAAUGGACAUUGCAACAUCCUCAUGGUCACAUGACCAGGGGUGAAAUCCAGCAGGUUCUAGAGAACCGGUAGCAUAAAUUUUGAGGAGUUUGGAGAACCGGCAAAUACCACCUCUGGUAUUUGGUCCCAGAGCGAGGUGGGAAUGGAGAUUUUGCGGUAUCCUUCCCCUGCCAUGCCCACCAAGCCACACCACACCAUGCCCAUAGAAUCGGUAGUAAAAAAGUCUGAAUUUCACCACUGCAUGUGACCCAAGAUUUGGAUGCUUGGCAACUGGUUCAUAUUUAUGACGGUUGCAGUGUCCCGGGGUCACGUGACCCCCUUUUCCGACAAGCAAAGUCAACGGGGAAGCCAGAUUCAUUUAACAACCGGGUCAUUAACAACUGCAAUUGAUUCACUUAACGACCGUAGGAAGAAAAAUCGUAAAAUAGGGCAAAGCUUCACAACAAAUGUCUCACUUAACAACAUAGGUUUAUGACUCAAAUUAUGGUUGUAAGUCAAGGAUUACCUGUAUUCUCAAAUUCGUUCCUCUGUUCCUGCCAUUGUAAAGGCAUGAAUCCCUGGUACCCACCAAAUCUUUUGGGUGUGCUGCUCCCAGAAUUCUCCAGGAAACUUUGUGCUAAAGCAGGGGUCUGCAAACUUGGCUCUUGUAAGACUUGUGGACUUCAAC